AUGGGUGUCAGGCUCUCAUUUUACAAGUCAGUCUAUGGGAAAAGCAGUGCUGCAUCUACCUCUUCGCUGCUGGAAGGGGACCAGGCCCAUCUGCUGCCCCAGAGGCCUCUCCGUGUCGGUGUGACUGCAGCGCAGUCCCGGGAGCCGCGGCUGGCUCCUGUGGCUGUGAGGGCCUGGAAGUCUGGUCAUGAAAUGCCUUGGAAUAAAAGUUUGAACCGUACAGCCCGCUUGCCGAUGGGAGUUUUUCUUGUUAGGUGGGAGAGCGAUCACUUCUGGCUCUGUUUACUGGCCUUGGGCUUCCAUCCGAAAUGCCACGAAGGCGUAAGACUAGGGAGGGGUAUGUGUGCUAAACCAAAUGGCAGAGGGUUUUCUGUCGUCGUCCGCUUCUUGUUUACUCAGCUGGAUAAGCACCGUGCAAGACAAGUUUUCAAGCAAUUUGGACAGAGAAAACUACCGAGUCCUAGAUUUAGGAAGCACUGCUGGAUCUGGCUAAGAGAAAUUUCAGUGAGUAUUAGGAAAAAUCUUCCACAAAUUGCCCCUUCUUCACUGCUUUGUCCUGGUGGUGCUGAGUUUGUUCACAUGAUCUACUAUUCUGCAAAAUAGGUAAUGAUUGAGGACAUGAAAAAGCUCUCUAUAGGCACUGGUAUACCUUUUGAUGAAGCUGUAACAUGGAGACCUAAGGAUAUGUCCAUAGCAAAAGCAAGACACAGAGUUGCAUACAAUAAACUGCUGCAAAUGCUUCAACAGAAAUACUUUCUUUUGAAAGAAUAUAGGAAAAGAGCAGGGAUUUUAAUUAGAGAAAUACAACAGUCAAAGUCCGAACAUAAAGUUGCGCAGAAGCAGUUAUGCAGGAUGGAAUAAAAUGGUCAAAACAAAAGUGACACAACUGAGAAAAUUCAGAAGGUCCGCCGUAUGUGGACACUUACAGUGGAAAUGCUUACAUCUCUGAAAAAGGAAAAGGAAGUUGUGGAUUCUAUACUUGAAGACUGUGUUAACCCAUUUCUAGAUGGAGCUGAUGUUUUGAGUGUACCAGUGUUGACUUACACAGUUGAAAGUAAUAAAUACGGCAUAAGUGGUUUUUGUCCUUAUAAUUAUGACUCUUGUCAUGAAGAAUGCCAUGAGAAGAAUGAUGGGGCUUUAGAAACCAUGAAGGAUACAGCAUUAAUACUCUCAAAAAGUGACUUCACACAGCAUGGAGGUUGGUUUGCUUCUGAGGAUACAGACAGCUCAUCAGUAGCGUCAUCAUCAGAAGCAUCUGAAAAUGGAGACCUGUUAGUUGAAAAUAACUUGAAUACUUGUGUGGGAAAUAAAAAACCUGUGACUCCAAAAAUAUUAAAAAAUGGAAAGGAAGAAUUCCCCACUUCAGAAAUGGAGGAGAAUGCAGGCAAAAAUGUUAUCCAGCUGAAGUCUCCUGUGAAAAAAGAUGACCUUCUUGAGAAAGCCAGAGAUGAACUGGUAGAAGAGAUUGCUAAGUCAGUGUGCGAGUCAAGUGACAGUGGUGAAGAAAAAGGAAUGGCAUUAGAUGAUCUCAUUAGCUCACUGCAUUUUAACCCAUUUUUAAUGAGGAAACAAAUACCUCAAACGCCAGAAAAUCUGCAUGAAUCUGACUUUACUGAAAUUAGAAGUUCGUGGAGAAAAGCUGUUUAGACUGAGGGCUCAUUAGACCUAGUGCUGUCCUUAACUGAAGUGGUGACAGAAGAAUCUUCAAUGAAUGCAGUACCUAGUUUACAGGAGGAGGUGGACUCUACCUCUGUGUGCUCUGAAGAUGUAUCUCCUGUAUCUGACUUGGGUCCUCCUGUGUCAGAAAAGAAGUCUCAGUUAAGUUCUACAGAAUCUAGUUCUCAGGAGCAGGUGAGCAUAAGUCAUGCAUUUGAGUCUUCAGAUUCAAAAACAUCUGGAAUUCAAGAAAGUGAGAGAACUGACUCAUAGGAACUAGGUUGUUCUGCUUUGAGUGGAAGUUCUGUACAAGAUCUAAGCCAGACUUUGCAAAAUUUAGAGAAGAGCAUGAAUAUUCCAGAUCCUGGUUUGAAAAGUGAUAGUACAACAAAUACACUACCUUCAUACCACUGUCACAGUUUUCUAGUGGAUGAGAUGCUAUGCCAGAAUGCAUCUGAGUUAAAUUCUGUCAGUCAUGGAACUACUGACAUGAGGUUAUUGAAUGAGACACUUCCAGAAUAUGAUACAGAUUGCAGCAUAUCUGCAUGCUCGACUUUUUUUUUUAGAAUGGACAGUGAAAAUUCAAUAGAUGACUCAGAAAAUGAUGAGGAUAUUAAAAAAAUGGACUUAGAUAUACCGUCCCUAUCCAACUCAUAUGAAGUGCUAAAAAAUACUGCAUUUAAAAGUGAAGUGGAGCUAUUUCAAACACAUAAUAGAGACAAAUAUGAAAGAGGUGAACUAAGCACGAUACCAGAAAAAGGAGAGGAAAAUUAUGAUGCUUUGAUAGAUGAAGGAUUUAUCAAGAUGCCAUUGCCCAACUCUCCUAAUGAAAGCAAAUAUUCCCUAUCAUCUUUGCUGGUAUUCUUUGAACAGAGGGAUGGUAUAUGAAGUUCCAUUAGACCUACUACAUAAAUUGAAGGGUGUCUGUGUUCUUUAUGCAUCAAGAUUUUGUCCAUUCUAUCACUGGCUAUACUACCAUGAAUAACCUCUGAGUAGUUGAACUGUGCUGUUGAAGUGGAGGGAAACAAAUUAUUUAUAUGCAUAUUCCUCAUAGAGGAUGAGAUAUUAAAAUAAAGGAGACAUGCUUCCUUUAGUUCUAGAGUUCUACCAGCAUCUUUCAAGUACGAGAGAAGAUGUUCAUCUAACUUUCUGCCAUAAUCUGGACCGGUUUAAAAAGAAAAAAGCUUUAAGGUGUAGUAGCUGCAAUCUACAGUUGGAUUUUGAAUAAUCUGAAGUUAUAUUUUGAGUUUUCACAAAGGUAGUUUAAAGUUUUGUGUUUACACUGAACAAAUUUGGCUAUUUAGAAAUGUCAUGGUCAUUGAAACUUCUGUGAGUUCGUUAAGGUGUUGAUAGAACUAUCCUGCAUUCCAGUAUGCCUGUCCCCUUAUCCCAUUUCCAACAUAAGUGUCAAUUGUUUAACCAGUAUUGCAGUAUUUAGGUACAUGUGAGGUUAAAUUAUUGACAUAGAUUGAUAAAAAUGAACUAGUAAUGGAGGAGUUCCAUGAAAACAGAUGGUAUGCAGGGAUGUGAUGAGGCAGGCCACCACCCACUUGGAAUUGACUCUGACAAGGUAUGUCAAUGAUAAAUACAUCAUCAGGAAAAGGAAGAUUAGGGAAUGUGUGGGGCCAUUGUUGAAGGAGAUGGGUGUCCUGGUGACAGAAGACACAGUGAAGGUGGAAUUAGUGAAUGCCUUCUUUGCCUUAGUCUUUACUGCUGAGGCUGUCCUUCAGGAAUCCCAGACCUCAGAGGUAAAGAGGAAGGCUGGAGAAAGGAAAACUUGCUGCUGAUCAUAGAGGGUUCAGUUAAAGGUUAGCUAGACAGACUUAAUGCCCAUAAACCUGUGGGCUCCAACAGCAUCCUCCUGUGGAUGCCAAGGGAGCUGGCAGAUACUGCUGUUAAGCCAUUCUCCAUUAUGCUUGAAAAAUGGAGAACAGGAGGUGUCUGAUGACUGGAUGAAAGACCGUGUUACAUCCCUCUUCCAAAAGGACAGCAAGGAGGAACCAGGAAACCUGGAACAGUGGUGGAACAGAUCACUCUGAAGAUCAUCACCAAGCAUGUAGAAGAAAUGUAGGUCAUCAGGACCAGUCAGGAGGGAUUCACCAAAUAGGAUAGCUAUUGGGAGAAGACAGGUGGAAGGAAUACUUUACCAAUAGUCUGCUGAGGUGACGUGGCAGGAUGGGUUGGCUAGGGGAGAGCAGUGGAUGUUGUUUGCUGUUAAAGAAACUUCCCAGUCUGGCCAUUCAUGAGGCUCUCUAGCAGUGACAUUCCCAAUGUCAGAGACUUUCACUGCUGGGAGUGAAGCUCCUUUGCAGCGGUUGACUCCAGUGCCUGCUUGACUCCUCACACAGCCCACACUCACAUGCAGUCAGACCAGGUUUCCCUUAGCAGUGUCUCAGACGUCUCAGUCCCUAAAGCCAUUUAUUCUUGGUGCAGUAGCACAAAAGCAGCUUGAGCUGGUGGCUCUGAGCAGGACCCCCAGCAAAGGAAUCCCAGAUCUUUUCAU